AAUACCCCCACAUCCACCACGAUGCUUUGCGCUAUAUCCGGAGAAGCUCCACGGGAAGCCGUUGCGUCGCGUAAGAGCGGCAAUGUUUUCGAAAAGCGCCUGAUCGAGGCACACAUCGCCGAACACCACACCGAUCCCGUCACAGGCGAAGACCUCUCAAUCGAGGACCUUAUCGAGCUCAAGUCGCCGCAAGUCGUGGCGCCCCGACCACCGAACCUCACAUCUAUCCCCGCGCUCCUCAGCGCCUUCCAGAACGAGUGGGAUGCCAUUGUCUUGGAAACACAUAGCCUCAAGCAGCAACUGGCGCAGACACGACAGGAGCUCAGCACAGCGCUGUACCAGAACGAUGCGGCGACUCGCGUAGUUGCGCGAUUGACACGCGAGAGGGACGAGGCACGUGAGGCACUGUCGAACGUCACCAUCAGCGGUGGUGGCAGCAACGGUGAUGCUAUGCAGGUUGACGGCCAGGCGCUGCCUGAGGAGCUUGUCGCCAAGGUUGACGAGACACAGCAACAACUCUUUGCGACGCGCCGAAAGCGACCCGUGCCUGAGGGUUGGGCUACCGGCGAGGACAUCUCCGCAUUCGACGUUACUUCCUCGAGCGAGCCUCUUUACCCUGGAAGCAGUGCAGUCUCCGUCGACGAGUCGGGCGAUUUGGCACUAUUCGGCGGUGCAGAUGGUGUGGCAGGCGUCUACUCGAUAUCGCAGCAGAAAGUCAUGCAGGUGCUCAAGGCUGGCAGCCCGGUCACCGCUACCACAUGGUGGGGAUCGCGCGCAGUCGUUGCGACUGCUGCUGGUACAGUGAAGAUCUUCGAGAACGGCAACGAGAUUGCGCAACUCGGCUCGCACGCUGGUGCCAUCACAUCGCUCUCUCUACACCCCAGUGGAUCUAUCCUGGCUUCCGGAGCUGCGGACAAGCGCGUCGCAUACUACGACCUCUCGACAUUCAGGACUGUUUCGCAGAUUUACACCGAAGCCGACAUCACAGCAUGCUCCUUCCACGUAGACGGUCUCCUUUUCUUCGUCGGUAGCUCGGACGGCAAGAUCCGCAUCUUCGAUGUCAAGACUGGCGCCCCCAUGGCCGAGCUUGAUACUGGCGCGCCUGUUACUGCCAUUGCCUUCUCCGAGAACGGUACUUGGUUCGCAGUCGCCCAGAAGGGGUCGAGUCAGGUUUCCAUCUGGGAUAUCAGGAAGCAGAAUGUUAUCAAGGUCCUCGAUGCUGGCAGCCCUGUUGAGAACGUCAAGUGGGACUACACUGGCCAGUUCCUUGCAGCAGCUGGCUCGGGCAGCAUGUCAGUACAACAAUACACUAAGGCAUCAAAGAGCUGGUCAGAGCCAGUACGCAAGGCCGUACCAGCGAAGGACGUUGCUUGGGGUGCGAAUGCAGGCAGCUUAAUCGCACUGACAUCAGAGGGUGGAUUGAGCGUCUUGAGCUCAGCAUGAGGGAGACAACAACGGUAGCGUUGAACGAGAAGACGUAUCGUGCAAGUCACAGGAGAAGGCCCAUCAGGAACAAGCGCGGCGAUUGGGGACGACUUGGAAGGGAUGAUGUAAGAUGGAUUCUGGAUGGCAUAGAGCCCAAAAGCGCGGAAUGACUUGCGUUCAGAUUUGGCAUAUCAUUUCAGAUAGGAUCACAGGAGGUGCAGAGGCGCCUGGAGUAAUGUAACACAAGUGACCCUUCUGAGUAUAGUUGGGCA